UAUUAAAUACAUAAUAAGUGUGUUGUCAAGGGCAAAUGUGUUUUUGCCACAGAUGCAUGAACCAAUAUAUAAAAUCAAAUACGCUUUAGAUAUAAAAAUAGAAGACAUUUACAAAGAAGUAAUAUUUUGCUUGACAACAAGAGCUACAUUUAUGAAGCAGUUGCAGGGGAUGAAUACAUAUGCCGUGUGCAGUACAGUGCCUGUUCAUAUGUCCAAAUGCACUAACCUGGCACACAUGUGCUUGUAAUUGUAAUGAAAGUGGAAGCCUGCUGAAUUUGAUUGGUUGGCCUUAAUGCAUGUGACACACUCUCAGCUGUAGACCAUACAGAAAUCUUUAAUUUACUAUUGUUAUGCUCAGAUGCAAUGCAACCAUGAAAGAAUUAACACUGAUUUUCCUCCCUUCAGAUGAAUCCAUAAAAAGAGCCCAGCAGGAACUCAAAACACAUCUGAAGAAGCAGUUUGAAUGCAUAUUUGAAGGUUUACCAAAGCAGGGAGAACAAACCUUCCUCGAUGAGAUCUAUACAGAGCUCUAUAUCACAGAGGGGGGAAGUGGUGGGGUCAAUAAUGAACACGAGGUCAGACAGAUUGAGACAGCAUCCCAGAGAAAAACCACACAGGAGACUGCAAUCCUCUGCAAUUACAUCUUUAAGCCUUUACCUGGACAAAAGAAACCCAUCAGAACUGUGCUUACAAAGGGAAUCGCUGGCAUUGGGAAAACCGUCUCUGUGCAGAAGUUCAUUUUGGACUGGUCAGAAGGAAAAGCCAAUCAGGACGUUGAUUUCAUCUUCACUCUUCCUUUCCGAGAUCUGAAUUUGAAGAAGGAAAAAGAAUUCAGUCUGAUGGAACUUCUUCAGCAUCACUUUUCACGGCUGAAAGAGAUGAAAAAUAUUGACGGUGAUGAAGUCAAAACUGUAUUUAUCUUUGAUGGUCUGGAUGAGUGUCGACUUCCUCUAGAUUUCCAAAGCAAUGAGACCUACAGUGAUAUAACAGAGCCAUUAUCAGUGGAUGUGCUGCUGACUAACCUCAUUAAGGGGAAUCUGUUUCCCUCUGCUCUCCUCUGGAUCACCUCCCGACCAGCAGCAGCCAAUCAGAUCCCUCCUGAGUACAUCCACCGAGUGACAGAGAUACGAGGGUUCAAUGACCCACAGAAGGAGAAGUACUUCAGGAAGAGAAUCAGAGAUCAGAACCACGCCAGCAGAAUUAUCUCACACAUAAAGUCAUCCAGGAGUCUCGACAUCAUGUGUCACAUACCAGUCUUCUGCUGGAUUUCUGCUGGUGUUCUGAAGAAUAUUUUGGAUAAAGCAGAGAAUGGAGAUCUGCCCAAAACUCUGACUGGAAUGUACACACACUUCCUGCUCAUUCAGACAAAUGUGAAUAAUCGGAAGUAUAAUCGUACCAAUGAGAUGAACCCAAAGAAGAUGUCAGCAUCAGAUACAGAAAUCAUCCUGAAACUGGGGCAGCUGGCUUUUCGACAGCUGAAAAAGGGCAAUCUGAUAUUCUAUGAAGAAGACCUCAGACAGAGUGGCAUUGAUGUCAGUGAAGCUUCAGUGUACUCUGGGAUGUGCACAGAGAUCUUUAAAGAGGAGUGUGGGUUGUAUCAGGAGAAGGUCUACUGCUUUGUGCAUCUGAGCAUUCAGGAGUAUCUGGCUGCCUUGUUUGUGUUUCAUUCAUGUGUAAAUGUGAACAGAAAUGUACUCAGAGCAGAAGAAUCAAAACCUCACAGUGACAGAGUGCAGUUGUCUGAGUUACACAGGUGUGCAGUGGAUCAGGCCUUAAGGAGUGAGAAUGGACUCCUGGACCUUUUCCUUCGUUUCCUUCUUGGCCUCUCUCUGGACUACAUUCAGACUCUCUUAGGAGGUCUACUGACACAGACAGGAAGCAGAUCACCUGUACCAGACCCACAGACACAGACAGAAAGCAGAUCACAGAGCAUUAAAAAAACUGUUCAGCACAUUAAGGAGAGGAUCAGAGAGGAAUCUUCAGCAGAGAGGACCAUCAAUCUGUUCCACUGUCUCAAUGAAAUGAAUGACAGCUCUCUAGUGCAGGGAAUCCAGAAUUCCCUGAGAUCAGGAAAACUUUCUGAUGAAAAGCUGGAACCACACCAGUGUUCAGCUCUGGCCUUUGUGUUACUGACGUCAGAGGAGGUCCUGGAUGAGUUUGACUUGAAGACCUACAACACAUCAGCAGCAGGUCAUCAGAGACUGCUACCAGUAAUCAGGAACUGCAGGAAGGCCAUACUGAACAACUGUGACCUCACAGAGAAGUCCUGUGGUAUUGUGGCCUCAGCUCUCCAGGCAUCAAACUCACCCCUGAGAGAUCUGGACCUCAGUUACAAUGACCUGGGAGAUUCAGGAGUGGAGCUGCUCUGUGUUGGACUGAUGAGUCCAAACUGUAAACUGCAGAGACUGGGGUGAGUAGUGCUCUGUACU